UAGUGUCAGUCAGCCAAACUAACCAAGUUUAAGUGUCAACCCAACAGCCAGAUUAAUAUUUUGGCUUUCAAAAUAAUUAAAUCGAUUUAAUUUCUAUUGAUAUUUACCGAAAAAUGGCUACAGCGGCUUUAACUGGCCACUACGCCUCGAAAAUAAUACCCAAACAUGGGUCUAUGGGUAUUGUCUAUAUCAAGUCUGCUCAAUACAGCUCUGAUGGAAAACCCAACUUGGCGGCGUACAAACGCGGUACCGGUGGACGUAGCAGCUUCAAUGGAAUCGUAGCUACUGUGUUUGGCUGCACUGGAUUUGUCGGUCGUUAUGUCUGCAAUAAACUGGGCAAGAUCGGCACUCAGAUGAUUCUGCCAUACAGAUGUGAUUUCUAUGAUGCCCAGAGGCUCAAAGUUUGCGGAGAUUUGGGACAAGUACUCUUUACACCUUUUGAUUUGCGAGAUGAGGAGUCUAUUGCAAAAGCUGUCCGCUACUCUAAUGUUGUCAUCAAUCUAAUUGGAAGGGAUUAUGAAACUAAAAACUUCAAGUACAUGGAUGUGCAUGUAGAAGGGCCCCGGAGGAUCGCAAGAAUUUGCCGGGAAAUGGGAGUAGAAAGAUUAAUUCAUGUCUCCUACUUGAAUGCAUCAGCAAACCCUAAGCCACUUCUGCUGAAGAAACCAUCCAUGUACAAAAUCAGCAAGUACCUUGGAGAAUGUGCUGUGAAAGAAGAGUUUCCUACUGCCACAGUUCUUCGGGCUUCUGACAUAUAUGGUUCUGAAGAUAGAUUCCUCAGAGUUUUCGGCCAGAUUUUGCGAAUCAAUGGCCAAUUUCUACCAUUAUACAAAAAUGGCUUGGAGACUGUAAAACAACCAGUUUUUGUGUCUGAUGUGGCCCAGGGAAUUGUAAAUGCAAUGCGUGACCCAGAUACAAGAUGUCAGAUCUACCAAGCUGUUGGGCCAAAGAGGUACCUUCUAGCUGAUUUAGUGGAUUGGUUUUUCAAGCUCAUGCGCAAGGACGAGAACUGGGGCUACAAGCGCUAUGACAUGAAGUAUGACCCGAUAUUCUUCCCACUAAAGGUGGCAAUGGUCAACAUGCUUUCGCCAGCCUAUCCUUUCGGAGGCUUACAUUGGGAAGGACUGGAAAAGGAAUCUACAACAGAUGUGGUCACCACGAAACUGCCGACGCUAGAAGAUUUGGGCGUGAACCUCACGCACAUUGAAGACCAGGCGCCGUGGGAGCUGAAACCAUUCCGGGCCUAUCAGUACUACAUGGAUCAAGUGGGAGAGUUCCCCAAGCCUGAUCCUCCGCGAGUCUACUGCGGCUAAUCAAAAGAAUUUGUUUAAUGUCUAUAUUAAAUUCUUUUAUCUGAAGAACAUCUUGACAAUGUAUCAAAUUGUAGAAAGUUUUUAAUAAAUUAUUUUGUUUGUUAA